AUGGAUUUUUGUAAGGUUGCUUUUAGAAGGGUCAUAACACAAUUUCGCGUAUGCAAACGUACAAAUUGUACUCAAAAUUUUACUUACUUGAAUAUUAACCAUAAAAAUUCUUGUGCGAAUAAUUAUCCUAACAAAUUUAGUUCAUUGUGUGGACAAAAAUUACCCAGUUAUGAGAAUACAAACAUCCACGAUUUUGCUAACGGUUAUUUUAAAAAAUUUUAUUCUAACAAAGCGAAAUCGAACCAGACUUCGAUCUUGAAGAAACUCAUUGUAGGAGGAGUCCUUGUUGGAUCUGUCACUUAUCUAAUUAACAAAAACAAUAUUCUCGUGGGAGUAUAUAAAAAUGGUUUACCUGACUACACAAAGGAUCAACUCGCUCAACAUAAAACAAAAGAAACAAGAAUUUGGGUGUCGUACAAACAAGGCGUUUACGAUGUCACAGAUUAUGUUAAGCACCAUCCCGGCGGUGAGGACACUCUUAUGAUAGCUGCUGGGGGAGCAUUGGAACCGUAUUGGGCUGUAUACACCCAACAUCAAGUCGAUAGUGUCUUUAGUGUGUUAGAAAAGUACCGAAUAGUGAAAUAUUUUACGUACGAAACCAUUUACCCGUUCCUUAUAUAA